UAGGAAACCUCAGUGCGUCCACCCAUUUUCUAGCUUCUUCAAACACUUCAUCGUCUUCUCCAGAUGAACCGCUAAGCGGAAAACCGUCUGCCAUAACCAUCGCUCCCGUGUGGUCCCUGAGAAGAAAACCAGCUGAGGAUUUGCCAUUCCCCCUGAAGACAGCCCAAUUUAAUUUGUGAAACGGAGCGUGAGGUUUCACCCACCUACAAAUUUGCGGCUUCCUGCGCUUGAACUAGGCUGUAGGCCUUCCAAAUUUUCCAUGUAAUAACCCCAGAAUGGGCAUCUGGAAGGGAAAGCCACAGAGAACCUGGCUGUAUGCUCCGGAAAGGGCAGACAACCAUGCCACAAUCUCCAGAGGAACACCUUGAUUUUAGGCACCUGCUUCGGGUUCCAGAUCUGAGUGUUUGAAAGCGUCCUCCCAGCGUUUAGCCACAUGGCUAAGUAGGCCGAUUUUGAUGUAAAUUCUCCAUCUUUAGUAUGUUUCCAUGUAAUAGUAUUAGGCCCCCUAAUAACCAUGUUUUCCGCCUCCUCAUGUAUAUGGCUAAUCCUUCUCCAAAUUGGAGAAUCAGAGGGCUUCACCUCUCCCGGACCUCGCCUACCAUACCUACUUUGCAUUAGCUCAGUCCAAAUGGACUGUCCCUUCUGAAAAUCCCACCACAGCUUAAUUGCUGAAACCUUCUGCAUGUCUGCCAAUGAUCUUAUGCCCAGGCCCCCCAUGCUCGGUAGGCUUGCAAAGCUCCCUGAACCGAGCCCAGUGAUGUUUCGGUUUGGAAUCUUUACUCCCCCAGAAAAAAAUUGCAAUUUUCCCGUUGAAUAACUUAAUCAUAGAAACCGGGAGAUUAGUUGCUGCUGUUACAUGGAUGGGGAUAGAGUUUAAAACAUGUUUAAUAAGUAUCAGGCGUCCCCCUUGUGUAAGCAAUUUACUGCUCCAAGCAUUUAGCUUUCUGUCAAUUGCCUCAAUUAAUUCUUUGCAAUGAGACCACCUUGUGAUACCUCUAUGAAGCUGGACCCCUAGAUACUUCAUAGGCAGUUUAGAAACCUUCAUUUCUAACUCAUUCUGAAUAUGCAGAACCCUUCCUGGUGAGACAUGUUUCCCAAUUACAAAACAACUUUUCUCUUUAUUGACCAAUUGCCCUGUAGCUCCUUGGUACAGUUGUAAGAAUUUGUUAAAGUUCUUUAUAGAUUUGGAGGAUGCUUUUAAGAAUAUAAUUAGAUCAUCUGCGAAAGCUAAAUGAGAUACAUUUAUGCUUCUGCCCAGAUUAAAUCCCUCAAUUUUUCCUCUUUGCAUCAAAAAAUUCAGGCCUCUGGAUAAAACUUCCAAUACAAUUAUAAAAAGCAGAGGGGAUAGUGGGUCUCCCUGUUUGACCCCUCUAAGUGGCUGGAAAAAUCCAAAAGGCAUCCCAUUAACUAGUAUAGAAAUAUAGGUCCCCUUCAGAUUGCCCAGAAUAAGACCUAACCUUCUGAUCAAACCCAAACUUCUGUAAAAUAGCUUCAAGAAAAUGCCAAUCCACCCUAUCAAACGCCUUUGCCAAAUCAAGUUUCAAUAUCAUGUUUGAGGCUCUUACUUUCUUAUCAAGACCACGCAACAUCUCUAGAGUCAUCAAAACUUGAUUUUUAAUUUCUCUACCCUUCAUAAAUCCGGCCUGUUCCUUAGAAAUAAUUUUAGGCAAAAGAUGCGGGCGUCAGGGGCUGGUCCAAGCCGAUGACAGAGAAAUAAUUUUAGGCAAAUGCGGGCGUCAGGGGCAAAUGAUGGAGAAAUAAUUUUAGGCAAAUGAUAGAGAAAUAAUUUCUCUAUCAUGUUUCUUAUCAUUGUCACCUUUCUCCGCAUGCUUCUUGUCCAAGCCGAUGUGGGCGUCAGGGGCGCCGCCGUUGAGCUUGUUGCGUAGGUCUCCUGCGAGAUCGAUGGCUUCCUGGAAGACAUCCUCCCCGGCGGCCUUGUCGGCCGUAGCAUCCUCCUCGUUCUCUUGGUUCUCCUGUGCCUCAGGGAUGGCCUUGCUUAGGAGGUUGCGGUUUGACUUAGUUCUUCCCAUUGUUAGUUAGCUGUGCUUGGUAGCGACAAAGGAGGCUAACUUGAUUGUUCUAGCUCUCAAUGAAAGCACCAAAUGAUAGACUAUAAGUGUAGAGAGAAGUGAGAACUUAUAGAGAGAAGUAGUAUAUUUGCUCUGUAUUAAUGAAUUUUAUGAACCCUUACAACUACUCCCAGAGGGAGUAUUUAUAGGAAAAAUCAGGACUGGGCUUCCAAGUCUUGGACUUGGGAGGCCCAUCUACAAUAAGGCCACUAAUGGGCUGGAUACAAAGUAUAUAUAAAAGAUUAAGUGUAAAACCCUGCUCUGGAGGCCAUUCAUGGCCGAUGAGGGCACGACCGACGGGGGCGUGGCCGACGAAGACCCGACCGAUGAGGUCACCGGCUCUUCCUGGCUUCUGGAUCACAUUCCGAGUAGACUUCUUUCUGGUCGAUGGGGGUCAUCUGGCCGACGAGGGUCCCACCAGGUGGUCGUGGUACCUUCUGUUUUCCCGAGUAUGUGGGCCCUGGGGUCCAGGCCCAUAUACUCCAUCAGGAGUCCCCCACUCUCUAAGCUGAGAUGAAGAUGAAGUGAAGGUGUUAAUUUAUAAUAUACUUGUAUGUAUCUUUUAUUUCCUUUCACAUUUUAAUUAAAUAAUAAAUACAAGAAGAUGAGAUGGACUACUAUUUUUAUUUUCUAUUUCUAAAAUAUAGAACUUGAUCAAAUAAAAUAAUAAACAUAUAUGAAACCGAAUCAAAUCGAACUACAUUGAACCUAAUAAUCUUCACUUUGGUAAACCGAACUCUAAACAAUAUCAAACUGAAACCAAACAGAAACACAAAUGGUUUUAGUUUUGGUACAAUAUCUCCCGAAUCAAAUAAACGGAAACUGAACCAAAAUCAAUGAAAACCUGGACCGUAAACCGAAUUGCCCGCUCCUAGUAGAAAUAUUAGAAAAUGGUGUACUUACAAUCGGGACAUGAUUGAGUCAAAAUAGUAAUAAUGUAAUUAUAUAAAGAUUACUUUGUAAUUUCCUAAACUGACAUUAGUAUAAAUACAACGUCAAGGCACCCUAGAGGGUAAGCCAUUAUUUUCCAAAAUUAUUGUUUUGUAUAUGGUAUCAGACACCUAAGUAUUUUUUCCAAACACAUGUCCGGCCUCCCAAACCCUUCGGCCGCCUCGAGCACGGCGCUCGCCAUGGCAGCGCAGCCUCCCACCGACAUCCCUCCAGUGCCUGCUACUGGGCUCACCUGUGAUUUCCACCCUCAAUCUGGUUCGAGCAGCAUGUCCUCGUCGUCCCAGCAGGUCUCCAUGCCGAUCGGUCUCCCAGCCGCGCAGACACGCUCUCCGCUUGCGGCUUCCCUCUCGCAGCGAUUACAUGGAAUUCCGCCGCUCGACUCCUACCGGAUAUUCAACAUGCUCGAGCCUUUUACCUGGGCGCCCUCCCUCACAGCAGCUCCUGCAAACAGUCUCCCACCACCCCCCGUUUUCCAGGAACGUGGCAGCUCGUCUCCCUUGUUUUCCAGCCCAACGUUUUCUGGUCAGCCUGGGGUGGCUCCGCUUCCGCAUGCGGUGUCCUCAUCACUGCCAGAUUUUAAUUCUCCAGCAACUUUUUUUUAUCUUCCCUGGCUUCACAAUUGGCUUUUUCUACCCCUAAUGUGAACAAUAUUGUGACUACUCGCUUAUCAUCGGUUGAAGAUUAUUUGCCUUGGAGAACUCAGUUUGAAUCAUUUUUAGUCUCUCACAGUUUAAUGGGUAUUCUCGAUAGAUCUAUUCAGACACCAUCCUCUCCUAUGUAUGAUUUAUCCAGACAGGAAGUCCCCAAUCCCGAUUAUCACCACUGGCUAAAAAUUGAUCAAACCGUAUGUUCAUGGCUUUUUGCUACUCUUGCUAGAGAUGUUUUAAUGGAAGUCUAUGACCUAAAAUUUUCUCACCUUAUUUGGGAUAGACUACAGAAAUGGUUCAUUUCUGCUUGUAUUUCUCGUUCCAUUGAGCUUAAACGAUUAUUAUCUCAUGUGAAAAAGGACUCCCAGAUUAGGGAUCAAUAUUUGCUAGAAAUUAAGAUUUUAGCAGAUUCUCUAGCCGCCAUUAAUUGAUUUGAUUGAAUGUGCUAUUAUUGGUUUGGGUCGUGGAUACGAGUCUCUCAUCACCACUAUUGACUACAUGCCGGGGAUCCCUACACUUGAAGACAUACGACCCAUUCUACAGGCCCAGGAGCAGCGUAACCUUUUUCUCCAAGCACAGGAAUCGGCCCUGGUUCAUCAGGCCUUUGUUGCUUCUCAUGCAGGCCGAGGGGGUGCUCCACGUGGUGGGGGCGCUCCAGGUCCUGGUGGCGGUAGAGGACAACGCGGGGGUCGCGCUCGAGGGGGACGAGGCCGAGGGGGCUACUAUCAGCAGCCAUAUGGAGCCGCGACACCACAGCCGCAUGGUGCCUACCAGGGUCAGCCCGCUCCACCACAGCCGAGAGCACCUGCAUUCCCCGGGGUACCAGGUUUUCCAUCUGUGGAUCACUCCUAUCAGUCUCCUCCCUCCAGUUGUUUGUCAGUUAUGUUUUUCUCCAGGUCACUCGGCCCUAUACUGCUCUCGCUAUACAACUUCACAUACCCCGGCUCUGGCUGCCCUUCCUACUGGUGAGAACAAUGAUUCGGUCUGGUAUCCUGACUCGGGGGCUUCCGCUCAUAUGAGUCCACAUGAAGGUAGAAAGAUGAAUGCCAACGCCCUGUUCGCAAAGAGGAAGGGCAAGACCUAGGCAAAGGAGAAGGGGCCCUCGGGCCAGAAGCCAGCCGACUCGUUUUUUCUGAAGGUCGUAGAGCCUUCCGCCAGGGACGUCCAUGCUGCUGUGGAGACCGGGGGGUCGAAGGCCGAGGCGGCCGUUAAGAAGAAGAGGAGUGAUAAGGGGGUGGAGCCCCCUACCAAGAAGCAGAAAGCCGCCGGGGGCGCUGUCGGGGCGGUGGCCCCCUGAUAGUUAUUGAUGACAUGCCCGCCGCUGAUGGGCCUCUGGCCUCGAUCACCCCGAAGGCUCGGGUGAAUCCAUCCCCGGAGGAAUUACCCCGGGAGGUCCGUCAGCUCUCCUUUGCCCCCGGCGCUUCACUGAUGCACGACAUUGCCGAGCCGAGGGCCUUCCUGCGGGGCAUCACCUCGAAGAUGGACAGGGAAGUCUUCGAGACCUACGACGAUGAUGCCCUCGAGAACAGGAUCCUCCGGUCCUCUCUCACUGCCUGCAUAGCCCUCGGGGAACAUCCCCGGAGGCGCGAGGAAAGGCGCCUUCACGAGGCCGCCCAAGAUAAGAAGAUGGAGGGGCUGAUUCGCAAGAACUCCGAGGCGAUGAAGCAUGCUGCACAGCUGGAGGAGGCCCUCCGGGAGGCGAAGGCGGCGGCGGAGAAGGCCAAGGCUGUCGGCAUAGCCGAGGGCAAGGCUGAGGCCGAGAGGGUUGCUACCGAGGCGGCGAAGAAAGCUGCCGAUGAGGCCAAAACCGCCCAGGAGGGAGCCGUGGCCAAGGCCCGAGGGGAGGCAGUUGCUGAGUUUCUUGCUGAGGACUGGAGGACCGAGGGACAUAAGGAGUGGGUGGCCUCCGUGGUGGCGGCCUCGGUGGAUGCUUGGGUAGAAUGCCCCGGGGUUGACUGGCUGACAGACAGGGGCGACGCCUACUAUCAGGGGGGUGAGUUUUUUACCCAGCAUUUGAUUUACCGGAGGCUCGCCAGGCACUUUGGCGUAUCCCUCGAUCAAUUUGACCCCUCGGCAUACGGCCUCCCUCCAUUGCAACCAGACGUGAGAGUUCCCCUCCCCCCGGGCGAAGGGCGGCCGACGAUAUAUGAUUCUGUGAUGAUGGGGGGUGAUGGGGGCGGAGCCGUCGGAGGUGAUGCUGCCGGGGAAGAAGUCUCCUCCAAAGCUGCCGUGGAAGAUGCCCCCGGAGAUAACGAUGCUGAAGCCGCAGAGAAAAUUUGUACUUAGUUAAUAUUUAAAACUUUUGUUGUAACGGACACCUUUGAUCCUCUGGCUUCGGCCUGUCUGUAACGAUUACAUUGACUCCUUUUUGUUGUAAUUGAAUGAUUGCCUUCGGGCUUUGUAUAUAUGGUUUGUUUUCCUUAAUCCAUUUCUUCUUGAAUGUA